GCAUUCUCGUUUUUGUUUAAACAUAUUUAGCAGAGACUGAUUAUCGUAUCUUGAAACUUUAUAGUAAAAUUAGUUGCGCGAUUAUCGUUCCCGUAGGAAUACGGGGAUAAUAUAAGUUAUCCCCGUAUUCCUACCUCCCAUAUACCCAUAUGCCUUCCUCAAUUUAUGGGCUUUAUAACACUGAAAGAAAUUUACAAAUCGGACUAAAUGUUUACAAUGCAAUUUCUCCUACUUCUUUGACUAUUUAAAAGAUAAAUAGCCAAAGAACCAUAACUAUGUUUGGUCUAUUAUUUUAUUGGACAAGAUUUUUAGAUGCCUACUAUGCUAGUGAUCAAUUAAAUUACCUUGUUUUUGUUUAUAAUUUGUUACGAAUCAUUAUAUUCCGAAGAGAAGUACCUAAUGUUAUUUUAGAGACAAUAAAAAAUUAUAUUUCAGCUGGGGCAUUUUUGGCCUCAAUAGCUGGUAUUUCUGCUUUUGUGGGGUUUGGUACUACUUUAGCAGCUGCUAAGAAAUCUGAUCCAAAAUAUUUUAAUAAAGGAGUACAUGGUAGUGCAGAGUUAGCAGAUGCAGGGGCUUUACUAGCUUUGCGAGCACUGGGCUGGGGGACGCUGUAUGCCAUUGGUGGUACAACUUGUCUUUGCUAUGGUAUAUGGAAAUUGUCAGGUGCCAAAGAUCUAAAGGAGUUCAGAAUGAAAAUGGGAAAUCUUCUGCCAGUUGUACCUAAGAACAAUCCACCACAAUCAAGAACAGAAUUCAGUGGAAUGAAUGAUUUAAUGACAUAUUUGUCAGAAGAAUAUGGAAGUAAAAAAGCACAAGAUGUUAUAGACAAAUAAUAAUUUUAAACAUUAUUUAUUUCUGUUAUACUUAUUACAUUGUUUCAUUAGUCAAA